AUGUCAUCCGAAAAUAGCAGAAAGCUGCGCGCUGAACUUUUUGAAGCUGGUCUGAAGAACCGGCGCGAAGUCGUUGGAGAGGGCUAUGUCGAGACCGCGAUGCGCAAUGGCUCUAGCGAAUUCGCCUUUGCUCAACAAGAGCUGAUUACGGAAUGGGCUUGGGGAAACAUAUGGUCGCGUCCUGGCCUGGAACGCAAGCAACGAAGCCUGCUAAACAUCGGCAUGCUCAUUGCUCUGAAGAGCUGGGCUGAAUUUGGAAUCCAUAUCCGAGGGGCGAUCAGAAAUGGGCUGACAGAGCUUGAAAUCCGCGAGGCGAUUCUCCAAGCAACGGUUUAUUGUGGUGCGCCAGCGGGUGUUCAGGCUAUGAAGGUCGCAGACGAAGUCAUCAAAGACAUGAUUGAGAAGGGGGAGCACCAAAGGCAAUUGUCAGAAGUCUCACCGAACUACAAGAAACCCGAGUAG